CACUUGGCGGCGAGGUUAUCGGCGAGGUUAUCGGCGAGGUUAUCGGCGAGGUUAUCGGCGUGGAAGAAUUUGUCGGAAGCCGACGGGACGACGGCGGCAUGGAUCCUCGGCAGAAGACUUCCCCUGGUUUUCACACCGCACGGUCUUCCUCUCCGGCAGGCUAGCCGCAGCCAAUCAGGGGCCAGGUCGGGGGCGGAGCCAGCGGAAAGGCGAGCAGUGAUUGGUGAUGGUCGCUCAGAUUGGAUGACGGAAAAAGUGGAUUUGUCCUCCUUCGUGUCAACCAGCGCCUCGUCUCCCGGGUCCUCGCUUCCGCCCUCGCCGCCGGAGCGCCAUGUCAAGGCGCCCUCCGACCUGGAGGUCAUGACCUCGCUCCUGCAGGAGGAGCUGGCCCAGCUGGAGGACUACUUCCGCUCCGAGUCUUGCGAGAGCAAAUCCUCCAAAUGUGACAAAGCCAUGGGCUCGCCGUCGUACUACCAGUUCCCCUACGGCUCCUACGGGGGCGGCCAAUCGGAGAGCAGCCCUGUGGUCGUUACCUUGGCAACCGGCGACCUGGAUCUGGCCGUGAGCCGCUCCAAGAUAGCGCGGCCGGCUCCGUACAACUACCACCACCACCACCACCACCGCAGCGGGCGAAGAGUCCUGGGCGAGGAGGCGGAGGCGUGGCGCGCAGGAAGUUACUCAGGCAGCGCCGAGUACUCCGUCAAUCAUUACUCGGCGCUGAAGGCGGCGAGCAAGAGCAGCGUGAAGAAGGUGAGAGAAUGUGCUUUGUCCUUGAAGGAAGAGGAGAGUUAUUGUUUCUCCGAAGGAAUGUUUUGCAGCGAAGAGAUCGCCAGAAGUUUCUGCUCCUACGAGCACAAGAGUCACAAAGUCAACCUGAGUUACGGUGCAGGCGAGCACUGGAGCAAAGACGCCGGACUGCCGGCCGCCGUCCCCCAAGAGACCGCCAUGGCCGACGGCUACUUCCACCAGUCGCUGGCGGCGGAACCGUACCACGGCUUCAUGGGCGACCUGGACCAUCCGGCGCCGGCCGAGCCCCAACACGGCCACUACCUCUACCCAGAAUGCCUUGCGGACCAAAGCUACGAGUGUCUGUCCGAGGGAACGGCGGCCGGUGCCGGCGCCGGCGCCUCCGCCCACCGCGGCCACAGGCUAAAGGACGAAGCGUGCUCGGUGAAAUCGGCCGCUUGUCUGGACGUGAACACCGGAGAGAGGAAGCAGAAGAAGAGAGACCAGAACAAAACGGCCGCUCACAGGUACAGGCUGAGGAAGAGGGCGGAGCUAGACUCUCUGGAGGAGGAGCUUCACGGGCUGGAGGGACAGAACCGGGAGCUUCGCGACAAGGCGGAGUCUGUGGAGCGAGAGAUUCAGUACGUGAAAGACUUACUCAUCGAGGUCUACAAGGCUCGCAGUCAGCGCCUCAAACAAGAUGGCGGCGCCUGAAGGAAGGUCUGAAGACCAGGUGACCCGGCCUUAGGAGCUCUACACUGUGACCACCACACAUCUAUUGAUCAUCUCUUCUAUUGAUCUCAUUGGAUCACGUCCAGUAAUCAUCCUUCUUCUAUUCAUCUGAUUGGAUCACGUCCAGUAAUCAUCCUUUCAAUCGAUUCUAUUGAUCUCAUUGGAUCUAAUUGGAUCAUAUCUAAUAAUCAUCCUUUCAAUCAAUUCUAUUGAUCUGAUUGGAUCAAAUCUAAUAGUCAUCCUUAUAAUCAAUUCUAUUCAUCUGAUUGGAUCAUAUCCAUUAACUAUCCUUUCAAUCAUUUCUAUUGAUCUGAUUGAAUGAUAUCUAAUAAUCAUCAUUUCUACCAAUUCUAUUGAUCUGAUUGGAUCAUAUCUAAUAAUCAUUAUUUUAAUCAAUUAUAUUGAUCUGAUUGGAUCAUAUCCAAUAAUCGUUAUUUUAAUCAAUUAUAUUGAUCUGAUUAGAUGAUAUCCAAUAAUCAUCCUUUCUAUCAAUUCUAUUGAUCUGAUUGAAUCAUAUCUAAUUAUCAUCCUUUCAAUCAAUGGUAUUGAUCUGAUUGGAUCAUAUCCAUUUACCAUCCUUUCAAUCAAUUAUUUUGAUCUGAUUGGAUAAUAUCCAAUAAUCAUCCUUUUAAUCAAGUCUAUUGAUCUGAUAUUCAUGAAUCAUUGAUGUAUUAUUCUAAUCAUUUGAUUGACUGAUGGUCAUUGAUCACUGAAAUAUUGUCUUCUUCCAUGAUGUCAAUAAGUGCAUGAUUGAUUAGUUGACAGCAUGAACUUUGAUUACUUUCCUGCAUGACAACUUUGUGUCCUCAUUCUCAGGGUUUUGCUUUGGGCUCAGAGGACUCUCUUUUCGUUCCUUGUCUCCUCCUUCCUUGUCCACUCUCUCUUCCCUUCUCCUUCCUUGUCUCCUCCUUCCUUGUCCACUCUCUCUUUCCUUCUCCUUCCUUGUCUCCUCCUUCCUUGUCCACUCUCUCUUUCCUUCUCCUUCCUUGUCUCCUCCUUCCUUGUCCACUCUCUCUUUCCUUCUCCUUCCUUGUCUCCUCCUUCCUUGUCCACUCUCUCUUUCCUUCUCCUUCCUUGUCUCCUCAUACCUUGUCCACUCUCUCUUUCCUUCUCCUUCUUUGUCCACUCCUUCCUUGUCUCCUCCUGCCUUGUCUCCUCAUUCCUUGUCCACUCUCUCUUUCCUUGUCAUUGUCCACUCCUUCCUUGUCUCCUCAUUCCUUGUCCACUCUCUCUUUCCUUCUCCUUCCUUGUCCACUUUUUCCUUGUCCUAUCCUUCUUUCCCUGUCCUGUCCUCCGGGCUGUACUUGCGAGCAAACAAUCGUAAGCAAUGACAUCAUCAAUGGUAAACCAUGACGUCAACAAUGGUAAGCCAUGACGUCAUCAAUGGUAAACCAUGACGUCAACAAUGGUAAGCCAUGACGUCAACAAUGGUAAAAAAUGACAUCAUCAAUGGUAAACCAUGACGUCAACAAUCGUAAACAAUGACAUCAUCAAUGGUAAACCAUGACGUCAACAAUGGUAAACCAUGACGUCAACAAUGGUAAACCAUGAGGUAAAUAAUGGUAAACAUUGAGGUAAACAAUGGUAAACAAUGAGGUAAACAAUGGUAUACAUUGAGGUAAACAAUGUAAACAAUGACAUCAACAAUGGUAAACAAUGAUGUCAACAAUGAGGUUAACAUUGAGGUCAACAAUGGUAAACAUUGAGGUCAACAAUGGUAAACAAUGAGGUCAACAAUGGUGUAAACAAGGGAAAGUUGUGCCAUUCAGGUGAAACAGGAAGUGCUGCAUCAGGUGAUUUUCCAAAUAAAGUGCUCAUAUUUCA